AUGGGACUUAUUUUUAAAUUUGGAUAUGGUGCUGAACCACAACAACCAAUUAGUAAUGAUAAAGAAAUUGAAGAAAAACCUCAAGAAGAAUCAUUACCAGAAAAUUCAAAUUUAGAAGAUUUUCAAGAAUUUUUUAAAGGUUUAGAAGUUACAACAAAGGAAGAUGAUAAUGGAGAUAUUAAUCCAAUUUCAAAAGAUAUUUUAGGAAUUUGGGAAGAUGAUUUUCAAAAACAAACUAAAAAUAUUUUAAGUCAAAAUAUUUUUGCAAAUAAUGCAAUUGAAAAAGUUAUUGCAAAAUCAAAUAAUGCAACUCAUUUAAAAGAUCGUUAUUUAUUUAAUACUGCUGUUGAAACUAUUGGUUCACCAAGUUUUGCAAAUAAUCAAAAAUCUUCAGGUAGAUGUUGGAUAUUUGCUUCAUCAAAUGUUUUCAGAACUCAAGUUAUUAAAAAUUAUAAUUUAAAAGAUGAUGAAUUUCAAUUAUCUCAAAGUUAUUUAUAUUUUUAUGAUAAAUUAGAAAAAGCUAAUUUUUUUUUAGAAAAUAUUGAAGAUACAUGGGAAGAAGAAUUAGAUUCAAGAUUAAUUCAGUAUUUAUUUAAAGAUCCUGUAGGAGAUGGUGGUCAAUGGGAUAUGAUUGUUAAUUUAGUUAAUAAAUAUGGUUUGGUUCCUCAUGAAGUAUUUCCAGAUAAUAGUCAAUCAACAAGUUCAUCAAAAUUAAAUUAUAUAGUUACUGAAAAAUUAAGAGAAUUUGGUUUGAAAAUUAGAGAAUUAAAACAACAAAAGGCAGCUGACUCUGUAAUUCGUCAAUUUAAAAUUAGUGCAAUGAAGACUAUUUACAAGACUUUGGCUUUAACUAUUGGUACACCACCAAAACCAACUGAUGAAUUUUUAUGGGAAUUUUCAGAUAAAGAUUCUAAAUUUAAACAUUUUAAAACAAAUGCUCUGGAUUUUUAUAAGACUCAUGUUAAAUAUGAUGCUAAUUCUCAUUUUUCAUUAAUUCAUGAUCCAAGAAAUGAUUAUGAUAAAUUAUAUACUGUUGAAAGAUUAAAUAAUAUUAAUGGUGGUAAACCAAUUGAAUACGUCAACACAGAAAUUGAUGAAAUUAAAAAUGUUGCUAUUAAAAUGUUGAAAGAUAAUGAACCAAUUUUUUUUGGUUCAGAUGUUGGUAAAUAUUGUGAUAGAACUAGUGGUGUAUUAGAUACUACUGCAUAUGAUUAUAAAUCUGCUUUUGAUUAUGAUUUAAAUUUAAAUAAAGCAAAUAGAUUAAGAACUGGUUCAUCAUUAAUGACUCAUGCAAUGGUUAUCACUGCUGUUCAUUUAGAUCCUAUCACUAACAAGCCAAUUAGAUGGAAAAUUGAAAAUUCUUGGGGUGAACAAUCUGGUAAAAAAGGUUGGUUUAUGAUGACUGAUGAAUGGUUUAGUGAAUUUGUUUUCCAAAUUGUUACAAAUCGUAACUAUGUUUCAAAAAAGACUUUUGAUGUUUGGAAAGGUAAACAAUUUAAUACUUUACCUUAUUAUGAUCCAAUGGGUUCAUUAGCUUAA